UCGGUGCGCCGACAAGCGCUACGGGAGGCGUCGCUUGGUGACGUGUUGGUCAUGGAGGCCCGGGCGGGAGAUGUCUCCAAGCAAAGCAUACGUGAACGGAUUUGGGACUACAUGGAAUCCCAUGAUAUAGCUGAUUUUCCCCGACCUGUUCAUCACAGGAUCCCCAACUUCAAGGGGUCCUACCUGGCUGGCCAGAGCAUCAGAGACCUGGAAGUCUUUGCUGGGACACAGGAAGUGAAAGUGGACCCUGAUAAGCCCCUGGAAGGUGUCCGCUUGCUGGCACUGCAGAGCAGAAAAACACUGCUGGUCCCAACACCUCGACUGAGGACAGGGCUGUUUAACAAGAUCAUACCACCCCCUGGAGCCACCAAAGACAUACUGAGGAAAUGUGCCACCUCCCAGGGUGUGCGGAACUUCAGCGUCCCGGUGGGCUUGGAUUCCAAUGUCCUUGUGGAUUUAGUUGUGGUGGGAUCUGUUGCUGUGUCUGAGAAAGGCUGGCGAAUUGGGAAGGGAGAAGGCUACGCUGAUCUUGAAUAUGCCAUGAUGGUGUCGAUGGGAGCUGUCCACGAGGGGACACCGGUCGUCACGAUUGUCCACGACUGCCAAGUCGUUGACAUCCCUGAGGCUCUCCUGGAGGACCACGACCUCACUGUAGACUACAUCCUCACUCCUACCAGGGUCAUCGCCACAGGCUGUGCACGCCCAAAGCCAACAGGGAUCAUGUGGUCCAAGGUCAGCUGUGAGAUGCUUACGAAAAUCCCAGUGCUCAGGAGCCUCCGUGAGCGAGAGAAGCGGGCGGGGGCCGAUGUCACUCUUCAGGCUGAGCCUGGCACCCAGCAGCCAGCUCCCAGCACUGUCAGGAGACCCCAGGAUAGACCACAGUCACAAGCAGGUUUCCGAGGAAGGUCCCAUAGCUCCCUGGAGGGGACAGACACCCACCUAGCUGCCACUGUGUGCUUGGGAAACCUUCCCUACAGUGCUCGUGUGCGUGAGCUGAAGCGAGCCCUCCAGGAGCUGGGGGCGGUGCCCCUGAGGCUCACCUGGCAGGGGCCACAGCACAGAGCUAUUCUACACUAUACAGACUCCGCUGCUGCCCAGCAGGCUGCCUCUCUCCUACAGGGCCUGCGACUGGGUGACAACACCUUGACGGUGUCACUGGGGCAGCAGAGGGAUACGUGACCUGGUGUGCAGCCCCAGCCGUGCCCUUUCUGCUGCUGGGAUGUGUCUGGCAUGUGACAGUGCCAUCGGUGAUGACCUGCU